CGCCCUAUGCCGCUCUAGCACGUCUAUGGCUUGCGGGCGGCGGAGGAGUCCCUUUUGCCAACUUAGAGGGCGGGGCCUGCCGCGCGUCGCGGGCGGUGACGCAGAGAGGCUGCGACGCGCUGAUCUGUGGGUCUUGUCCCUCCCAGGCCUGGAUGCGGCUGGGCCCGGGUUGGCUCCUGCUCCCCUCCCGGGCCGGGCUCCCCGCGAGGUGAAGGAGCCCCAUGCGAGGAAGCCGGAGGCGGGAAGAUGACCUCGAGGAGUGGCGGCAGCACCCCUAGGAAAGACUGCACUGAGCUGUGGAACUCGCUGCCACAAGAUGUGGCCACGGCUGCUAACUUAGAGGGUUCAGAGAAAGAAAGAUGAGUGAGAUAAACCCGUAGAGGCAGAGAUGAGGCAUAGGAGUUAAGCUGAGGCGCAAGGGGAGUUGCCGUAGCUCGGUGGCAGAGUCACCUGCCUGCAUGCCGAAAGCUCCUGCUUCUGUCUUCAUCAGGUGGUUCCACCCAAACAUCACCGGAGUGGAGGCAGAAAACCUGCUCCUGACCCGAGGAGUUGAUGGCAGCUUUCUGGCCCGGCCCAGCAAGAGCAAUCCAGGGGACUUUACCCUUUCAGUCCGGCGGAAUGGGGCGGUCACUCACAUCAAGAUCCAGAACACGGGCGACUUCUAUGACCUCUACGGCGGGGAGAAGUUUGCCACUCUGGCGGAGCUGGUCCAGUACUACAUGGAGCACCACGGGCAGCUGAAGGAGAAGAACGGCGACGUCAUCGAGCUGAAGUAUCCGCUCAACUGCGCCGACCCUACGUCGGAAAGGUGGUUUCACGGGCAUCUUUCCGGGAAGGAAGCAGAGAAGCUGCUAACGGAAAAAGGGAAACAUGGCAGCUUCCUCGUCCGCGAGAGCCAGAGCCACCCUGGAGACUUUGUCCUUUCCGUCCGGACGGGGGAUGACAAAGGCGAGAGCAAUGAUGGGAAAUCCAAAGUGACGCAUGUCAUGAUCCGGUGCCAGGUACAGGAUAUGAAGUAUGAUGUCGGUGGGGGAGAGAAGUUUGACUCCUUGACGGACCUCGUAGAACAUUAUAAGAAGAACCCCAUGGUGGAAACCCUUGGGACGGUCCUUCAGCUGAAGCAGCCCCUCAACACCACCCGCAUCAAUGCAGCAGAGAUCGAGAGCCGAGUGCGAGAACUGAGCAAGCUGGCGGAGACCACUGACAAAGUCAAGCAAGGCUUUUGGGAAGAAUUUGAGACACUCCAGCAGCAAGAAUGCAAGCUCCUCUACAGCCGGAAAGAAGGCCAGCGUCAGGAGAACAAGAAUAAAAACCGAUACAAGAAUAUCUUGCCCUUUGACCAUACCAGAGUCGUCCUACACGAUGGUGAUCCCAACGAGCCUGUUUCGGAUUACAUAAAUGCCAAUAUUAUCAUGCCGGAGUUUGAAUCCAAGUGCAACAAUGCAAAGGCCAAGAAGAGCUACAUUGCCACACAAGGCUGCUUGCAAAACACUGUGAACGACUUCUGGAGGAUGGUGUUCCAGGAGAAUUCCCGCAUGAUCGUCAUGACGACAAAGGAAGUCGAGAGGGGAAAGAGCAAGUGUGUGAAAUACUGGCCAGACGAACACGCGCUAAAGGAGUAUGGCGUGAUGCGUGUCCGGAACGUCAAGGAGAGCGCAGCUCAUGAUUACACGCUACGGGAACUCAAGCUUUCGAAAGUCGGACAGGGCAACACGGAGCGGACGGUAUGGCAGUAUCACUUUCGAACCUGGCCUGACCACGGAGUCCCCAGCGAUCCUGGCGGUGUUCUGGAUUUCUUAGAAGAGGUUCACCACAAGCAAGAGAACAUUGUGGAUGCUGGCCCGGUCGUGGUCCACUGCAGUGCGGGAAUUGGUCGAACUGGCACUUUCAUUGUGAUCGAUAUUCUCAUCGACAUAAUCAGAGAGAAAGGCGUGGACUGUGACAUCGACGUCCCAAAGACCAUCCAAAUGGUGAGGUCCCAGCGGUCAGGGAUGGUGCAGACGGAAGCCCAAUACCGGUUUAUUUACAUGGCGGUGCAGCACUACAUUGAGACGCUACAGCGCAGGAUCGAGGAGGAGCAGAAAAGCAAGCGAAAAGGUCAUGAGUACACAAACAUUAAGUAUUCUCUAGCGGACCAGGCGAGUGGAGACCAGAGUCCUCUUCCACCAUGUACUCCAACUCCAACCUGCCCCGAGUUGAGAGAGGACAAUGCCAUGAGAGUCUAUGAAAACGUUGGUCUGAUGCAGCAGCAGAAAAGCUUCAGAUGAGACGACGCGAGGAAGCGACCUUGUGGGCGAAGAACUGCAGUACUGAUUAUUAUUGUUUCAAAUAAGAAGGCAAAGCGUAAGCUACUUAUGAAGCAUCCCACCGAGAGCUGGACUUUGACAGUUCCCUAGAGCCUCUUUAUUUAUGGUGUUUUUAACCCUUCAGUAAUAAGCAGAAUUUACAACCAUCUUUUCAAGAAACUUCUAAUGCCUUUUCUCAGAUAUCUGCUAUCUACAAUUGCUGUCUUUCCCCCCUUCCCUUUUCUCUUUAAAAAAAAAAAAAAAGCAUAUGGUUCUUUUGCCUCAGGGCAGACCAAUACUCUGUUGUACUUGAAAGUUCUUUCCCCAUCUGAUUUAUAGGUUUCCAAGCUGUUUCAAAUAUUAGACUUUUUUUUUUAACCCAAAUCUAUUUUUUACCCUUUUAAAAAGAAAAGAGAAGUGGGUCAAGUGAAAAGCUCGUGUGUGGAGGGCAAAAUGGGUCCUGCCGGUCCAGAAAUCUCUCCCUUUUCUCCUAGCCACCCUUGAUUCUGGCUAAUGACCUCCCCCUGGUCAGGUCCUGUUGAUCCACUCACUUGAUUUGAGUCCUUGUGGCCCAUGGCUUUUCUUUCCUGAAAAUGAAGAUGCUUCUCUAGAACUUCCAAUGACGCAUUUUUGCACCAGAGUAAACGUGUUUGUUUUCGAGAGCUACCUACCUAGCUGAUUGUUGUUGGAUUCUGGUGGUGUUUGUCGGGGCGGGGCAGUGGGGGUGCUUUGACUCGGGAAUUCAAGUUAGCGGCAUUCUGGAGGAGUCACCGAAGCCUGCCUGGACGUUUCCGUGUAGGCUGAUAGGGCAUGUGGGCAUGCCCUGUUGGAAACAGGCGGUGAGGCUAAAGAGACCUUCGAAAUGAUCCGGCGCGGUUCUUCCUAGCCCCUCUGCCCAACCCCUUAAAACAGCAAGCUGGAGAACCUCCAGGACAGCUUUCCUGGGCACCCCUUUGUGCCGUCCAGGCAGACGAAGGGGAGGGAAGCAGGUUGCAAAAAUGUCUUAACCCCCGUGCUCCAUUUAGCUAGGUCUCCUGUAACAUUCUGCCUUUUCGAAGUGCCUUUUCAAGCUGCGUCCAGCUCCCUGGUUCCUUUCUUUCCCCUCUUGGGCAGUUCUUACUGAAAAGCUCCUGUUGAACUUCUCUGCCUCCGCUGGAUCCCCGGGCCAGGAAUGUUUCUGGCCCUGCAGAAAUGUGAAUUCUCCCUGCAAGCGGAGGCACAGGCAGCUUUGGUGCACCAGCGGGUUGCGGGGGCAUUGGGGCCGUGCUUCUGGGGCUUCUCCGGGAAGCUUUGUGGUCAGCGUCGGUGUUGGAGGCUUCCCGCUGUAUUCCUUGAACCUGCGCCGGUGAGGAAGCUUCUGCCGUUGCCGUUUGACACGGCGAGAUUAGGUUAGUGAACUCUUGGAGAGAGCCAGAAACCUAACGUUCCGAUUGGGGUGUUAGAAUUAGCUGGUGGUUGCCAGGGCUGUGUGUAUGCUUCAGAAAAACCCAACCAAAUAGUUGGCCAGAAAAGCGCAAAUCUGUAGCCUCAGUCCAUGGACACUUGCAUAAUUUCUCUGCCUCUGAAUCAUGUGUUCCACUAUUUCCCCAUCAUCCUUCCGAGGUCGGUAAAAUGAGUACCCAGAAUGUUGGGGGGCAAUAUGCUAAAUCAUUGUAAACCGCUUAGAGAGCUUCCAGCUAUAGAGCGGUAUAUAAAUGUAAGUGCUAUUGCUAUUGCUAAGUGCUAUUCUGGGUUUGUUGAUCAGGAGGGCAAAGGGGCUUCCCGGGCCCUCUGAGUGGUAUUCCCUGGAACAGGGAUUCCCAGAUGUUGUAGUCAACAACACAGCCUCUGACUGUUCAAGAUCUUAUUCAUACACCUAUUGAGUUCCCCGGAUUCCAGGCGCUGCCCAGGUUUACCUGUCUAUUUUCAGAGCCAUAGGGACUAGAAACUUGAUUUGUAUUUUUCAAAAACGAAAGCGGCUCGGUUUGAUUCUGUCUCCCCACACCUUGCAGCAUACACGCAGUCCUGUUAUCUUGCCUUGUUUGGCUUGGAUUGUCAGAUAGCUAGGAGGAAGGGGCAGCCCUCUGAGUUGGCUGCUGCUUUGAAGCGUGCCUUCCGCGCUGCCCCUCUUGUUUUCAGCCUCCGGGAUCUCCUUGCCACCAGCCUUGCCAGAGGGCUUGUGUCUUCUGUCGUGGCCUCGUCACGUGGUCCAGUGGGUGGGCCAUCUUCCCUGUGGGGUCUGUCGCCAGCCCUGUCCCCUUCUCUCCCAACGGGUUUUGGCCGCUGGGACCUCUUGCAGUUUGGUUAGUGGUGGCCGUGGCUUGGAGGUUUCUGCCUGUCCCCCAAGCGGGGGGCGAUGAUGGAUGGGCUGGGGCAUUGUGUUGGGAUGAGAAAUGUGGCACGGGUGUGUGGGGCUUGGGCACCCCAUGAGUUGGCCUUGCGACUGAGGGGCAGAAUGGGGUGUGCCCUCCGCUCAAGAGGUUUAGGGUUCGCCUGCCCAGUUGGAGUCAACUUCUUACCGCCCUUCCAGGGAGGAGAUCUCCACAACUUGGCCGAAGCGAGAAGCCUGCAUUUCCUGGCUCCUUCGGCACCAGUACUCCCCCGCUCAGAGCUCAGUCUGCGCGUGCAAAACCAGUAGGGCAAAUUUUCCGAGCCGCCCCUGGGGUAACACCCCUCUCCUCCGACAUCCCAGCGCCAGGCGUUCUUCCUCUGCAGUCUCUCCUUGAAGUCUCUUGCCGGCGGGGAAAUGCAGCUUGGUGGGACAUCAAGGGCAGGAGUCGGUUGGACUGUGGCCCAAACCGGAUACGAUGCGGGAGCUCCAGACCUGGAAAUCCCAGCGGUGGCUUCUUUUGUUUUCUAAAGGGCAGCUGUGGCGAGCAUCUCAUUUGGGUCGGGGCCACUGCGCGGGGAGGAGGGAGAGGGAUCGAGCCCGAUCGUGUGGACAGUCCUGAUCCCGAAUCAUCCCUCUCCAAGUUUCCUCUCUGCGGUCGGUAGCAGUUUGUGUGUGUGUGUGAGAGAGAGAGAGAGAGAUCCAAGUUGGGGAAUUGGCAUGGGGGCAAAGGGCCAGACCCCUCCCCUACCUCUUCACCGUGGCCAAGUCAUGGCCUAGCAGGUCGCUUUGAGCAAUGCCUCCACCAGGAGUUCGAGCAUUGCGACCAGUCUGCUCCCCCACGUUAGGAGAGGGGCGAGUUGGUCCUCCCUAAGGGGAGAUCCACCCACGCUUGCCUCUGUUUGCAUCAGCUCUGUUGCCUGCCUCGUUAACUGCUUUAAUGCUGAACUGGAAUUGGUGGGACUGUAUGUCUGAGUUCUUAGAAUGGCCUAGAUGUCCUUCCCUUCCCUUCCCUGCGUUUCUCUUGGAGACCGAGACUGGGAGAGACGAAACCCGGGCGACACCUUCCUCUCUGUCUUAACGGGGAUUUCAAGGAAUGAACCUCGAGCCUUCAGCAGGGAGAAUGUGAUGUGCCCCGUCCUUAAAUACCGACCGGUUCCACUUCUGGGGUGUGUGUUGGUGGGUGUCCUUUGGGGAUGCCGCACAGGGUCUCCUGCCUUCCCUAUCCUGCCUCAUGUCGCUGCUAGACCUUAAGCCGAGACGCACCUUGGGGGGGAAACCGAGAGAUCCAGCUCUCAUUGGGUCAUACCAUUUCAGAGACGUAGGGAGAGAAGCUGCUGGCAUCCCAAAUUUAUCCUGAAGCCCUCCUCCCCGACCCAUGCACAAAAAGGAGCCAGGAGCUUUGUAUCCGGGGGAACAUCCAUAUAUGCAACCCCCGCUUUCUCUUCCCUCCUGCCCCCCCACAGUCUGAAUGGUACAAGCCAGGCAGAGUUUUGCCACAUGAUUCUCCUGCUCGUAUUUUCCUGCCUUUUUUGUUGUUGUUAAUAAGAAAUAUGGUCUCUGGAAUGUGUUGAUUUUUGAAAGCUCGUGCUUAGAAUGUCCAUUUCUGAAACUUGAAAAAUGACGUAGAAGAUUGUGUGUGAAAAGAACGUGAAAAGCAACGUCAUUUGGUGAUUUUAAAAACGCAAUCCACAGAUGUCUUAAAACAAUACCAGGGCAGACUCCACUGUGAACUCCUCAUUCGGAUACGAGCCGUAUCGGGAUGAAGGGGCAUAGGAUGAAAUGUGCCCGCUCUGCCCCGCCUGCAGUGGCUGUGUCUGCAGUCCGAUCUUAUUUUAGUGUGUCCUAAAAGUCUGGGAAUGAAUUUUACAGUGGUGUACAAAAUGGAAUGGUGGAGCUGGUCAGUGGAAGGAAGUUAGAAUUGAGAGCCAGUGGUCUAAAAAUGUUGCCGUGAUUGUUGAAGCAGCGGAAGGUAAAAGGGAAACGGUUUACUUCGUCAGCGUUCUGUAGGAGAAGGUUUUUAUGUAUCAGACUUUUAUGUCGGGAGGAUGUGCUUCCAUUCUGGAAUGAAAUCAUGUCCUUUAAUGUCAUUGUCCGUUGGGUUUUGGACAGUGUGCACUUUUUCUUUUUGGAUGGAAAGUUUCAAAACCUGUAAUGCCGACUUAUUUAACUGUUCUCUCCACCACCCAAAAGCUGUGUCCUCCCUGAACAAAAUUAACCCCCUUGGGGUGAGAAUUCCCAGACUCUGUGGCAACCAGGAGAGAAAUGCUAAGGCCAGCUGGAGAAGGGUAUUUCUGCUCUGUCUGCUUUGGGCUUGCUCAGAUCAGUGACUCCUGCAGAGAUAUUCCAGUUGAGGUCAUCUGAAAGCAGGUAAUUCCGAAAGGCUUUUGGAUGUAAAGAGUCCUAUUAGUUCUCAGUUCUGAUUUUAGAAGAAAAGCAUACCUCGCUGAUCAGAAAUUCGGGCAACACAUGCCAGUGUGCAACUCUGAAUGUUCAGCAAUAUUUUUUCCCCCUUGACUUUUUUUUUUUUUGGCAAUCCUCUGCGCCACAAAAACAAAAACAAAACCCACCUAUUAAUCUCAACCAGGUCUACAGUUUUCCUCCCUGCCUUGAAAUGUGUGUUCAGAAACUAUCAUUGACUUUGCUAUCUUUUUUUUUUAGGUAUUAGGUUUUGUGUUUUGUUGAUUGUCACUGUUGUUGUAGGCCUGGGGGCGGAAACCGGUUUGAUAUGUAGCAGGGCUGGAAACCUGGCUGUCUAGGAACUUGAUGCUGGCUCAAAGCAAUUUGGAAUGCGUUUUUCCCCCCCUCAGCCCUGGAUAUUAGGAUGGGGUUGUACACCAUGGUUCUGAUUUAUUAUUUGUUCUCCAAACUUCCAUUCUUUCUCAUGUAACUUCUAGCCUGCUUUCUUCUUUCUUUCCCCCUUUUAAUUUAUGAACACCUUCUGUGACUUUUUAAAACGAUGAUGAUGCUAAUGGCUUGAUGAGAGAGAGAAAAGAAAAUAUCUUUGAUAUAUUCGUCUAGGUUGAAAUAAAGGCCCCCCGCCCAGUAUCCCCCUUCCCACCUAGCAAUGUAUGAAGUAUUGUACCAGACAGUAGCUGCUUGUCCUUGUGAACCGGGGGGGGGGGCCCGCCAAAGGCGGCACAGUAGCCCGGGUUGCUCCCCUCUGUCCCGUGCUGCCUGCAGCCUGGCGAUUCACCCGGUAGAGCUAACCAUGCAGCUCUACCUGAAGAAUGGCUAGCCUGCGGGCAGUGCAGCCCUUGGGCGGGCGGGCGAGAGAGAAACUGAGGCAGCUGCGUCUCCUUCGACACCCCCCCCCGGUUCGUCGUGAUAUGUGCCGCUACUGAUACCAGAGUAUUAAAUGCAAUGUAAUAUUUUAUUGAGAGAAGAGAGAGAGAGGAUACUCAGCUGUCUCCUUGAAAAGGAAUGCGUACAGGGCGUCGCUGAUUUUUAUGUGAAUCAUGUACAUGUUUCAAGGUGUGCCGUUGUCUCCGGCGGGGCGGGGGAGAGCUCUAAGCCCCCGGGUCCCUGCUGGCGCGAGGGAUCAGUCGCCCCCCCCCCCCGCACGCCAUCCGGCGUUUCGAGACACUCGCCUCCCGCUGCCUUCUGCCCAUGUGUUCUCUGUAGACCAUAUUUGCAGUCUGUCAAUACGUGACAUUAAAAGAGAAGAAAAACAGAAGCAACCAAACCAACCCGAUCAUGUAUAGAGAACUUGAGUGGUUGUCUGUCUGUCUCCAGCCUGUAUUUAUGGGUGUUGAGUCUCACUGUUCGGCUGUGCUGUGAUUUUCUUUUCUUUUUUCUUUCUUUUUUUUAAAUUGCUCCAAGGCUUAUUAUCAGAGUAAAAGCAUUAUUUGUAAAACAUCAGAACUUUAAAAAAAAAUUAGGAAUAAUUAAAAAAAAAAUCCAUUUUCUUA